CUGCUUGCGCAACCAAAAAAAUUACCAAUCGUGAGUCAAAAACGUUAUUAGAAAACGUACUGACGCACUAGUUGCUGACGUUUCUUAUAAGAAGUGGAUCAGUUUUGCAAAAAUACAUAGCUGACAUUCACUCUAGUCCAAGUAACCCAUCAGCAAAUUGAAGAAAUGCCAAAGAAGAAUGAUAAAAAGGUAGCAGCUUAUCCAACACAACAGCAGCAGCAGCAGCCUGUAGGGCCUCCACAAUUGCCAUAUCCAAUGUACCCACCUGGAAACAAUAUGGCGAAUCCAGCUGUAGCAGUUGCCUCCAAUCCUUACAAUCCCUAUGUGCCGGUUAUGUCUGGAAUGCCGCCACCACCACCAAGUUAUGAUCAAGCAAUGCACCACCCAGUUGCCCCACCUAACUAUAAUGCAUCAUAUAUGCCAGUUCAGCAUAUCCAGCAGCAGCAGCAGCAAGUGCCCAUGAAUGCCCCAGGGCCUUACUAUCAACCCUAUCAAUCAUAUCAAUCCCAUCAACCCCAUCAACCCCAAGUACAUGUGCAGCAAGUCCAUCCUCAAGCUACUUUUGUUGUUCCAAAAGCGUUCGAUGCUGGUGCGCGUUUCGAUUCAACGUCACAGGUGAGGGUUCCUCCACCUCCUCCCGGUGUUGCACCCAAUGCUGCCCAGUUGGCGCACGGAUCUGGGCAUAAUGUAGUAUUAGGUCAAAGACAGGAUCGGUUUUUCACUGGUGGUUCGGAUGGAGGUGCUACAUUUUGGUGAAGAAAUUCUUGCAAACUGCCAUACCAACAGCAACAAAAUGCAUACCCAAUUAUACCUAUUCAAUUCAAUAAAAUCAUUAAUUUGUUAGUUAUGCGCAAAAAAUCGGAAACAGUAUUACUGUUACAGUACUCUUAGCCCUUAAAGAAAAUGUGUGCCAUGACAUAAAUAUUUCCAACAUUU